UAGUUUCGUCUUAAAAUGACACGCCAGUCCCCUGUCGGGCGCGCGCCUCCUCGGGCACCAGCAGAACAUAAAGUGAGCCGCGCGCGCACGGGGCUCAGCAGUGAACCGGUAAGCAGCGGCUGUGAGAGCAGCUCCGGUUCGUUCAGGACGCCCGGUGAGGGCAGAAGAGAAAACGCGCGGCGGGGUGAACAUGAGCUGCGGGGACUGUGCGCACCUGGCCCCGCUGGAAGCCUCUUUUCUCCGGGAGCGCAGGAGGUGAUGCGCCCUGUGGGACUCGGGUCGGGUCUGUUACCGGAGAGGAUGGCGGAGCAGUGGAACCACAACACCACCACGUCCUCCUGGAAUCGGUCCGCAGCGGGACAGAACCGGUUCAGCAGCCUGGAUGACAUCGACGUGUCGGCGGACGGCUCCCCGACCCUGCGCAUCCUCAUCUCCAUCGUGUACUCGGUGGUGUGCGCCGCCGGGCUGGUCGGGAACCUGCUGGUGUUCUUCCUGAUGAAAGUGCGCCGGGGCAGGAAGAAACGCUCCAGCAUCAACCUGUUCAUCCUCAACCUGGCCGUGACGGACUUCCAGUUCGUGCUGACCCUGCCGUUCUGGGCUGUGGACACGGCCCUGGACUUCAGCUGGCCGUUUGGAAACGAAAUGUGCAAGAUCAUCCUCUCGGUGACGGUGAUGAACAUGUACGCCAGCGUGUUCUUCCUCACCGCCAUGAGCGUCACCCGGUACUGGUCGGUGGCCUCUGCGCUGAAGGACCGGACCCGGCGGCGGGUGUGCCCAGUGCGCUGGGUGAUCGCCGGGCUCUGGGUCUCAGCCACGGUGGCCUCUCUGCCCACUGCGAUCUUCUCCACAGUGAAGAAUGUGGCCGGGGAGAGGCUGUGCCUGCUGGGCUUCCCGGACGGACAGUCGUGGCUGGCGCUGUACCACCUCCAGAAGAUCCUGGUGGCCUUCGUGUUCCCCAUGCUGAUCGUCACCGUGUGCUACCUGCUGCUGCUGCGCUUCGUCCGCCUGCGCAGCAUGAACAACAACCAGGUGAAGCGCAGGUCCCGGGUGACCCGCUCGGUCACCAUCGUUGUCCUCUCCUUCUUCAUCUGCUGGAUGCCCAAUCACGCCAUCACCUUCUGGGGCGUCCUGGUCAAAUUCAACGUGGUCAACUGGGAUAAAACCUACUACAUGGUGCACACGUACGUCCACCCGGUGACCGUGUGCCUGGCGCACACCAACAGCUGCCUGAACCCGGUGCUGUACUGCCUGAUGCGCCGGGAGUUCAGGAAGAAGAUGAAGGAUCUGUUCUGGAGGAUCUCCUCGCCCACCGGGACGAACACCUGCCACCUGCGGCCGUUCUCCGGGACGGUGAGAGCGGAGCCGGACGACACGCAGAUCGUCAUCCCGCUCAACAACGUGGAGACGGAGAACUGCAGACUCUCUGUUUUGACAGAUCAGUGCGACACGGACGCGCUGCAGCGAUGAACUGAAAACCAGACUGAAGACUGGUCCACAUGUAACUUAUUACAGACUAACCUCUCAGAGGAACAGUGACUGAAAACUCCUUGUGAAUGUCGGUGAUUUGUCGGGACUUUCUCACUGUUGCGUUGUUCUUUUUACUGCAGGUGUUGCUGGAGUUCUUAGUGCUUAUUGUUUCGGAGAGCUCUGCGCCAAAUCCACCGCUGCUCGUGUAAAAACAGCAAAGCUCCGGACAGAUCAUCACAGCUAUACGUGGCGUGUUAGAUGUUUUCUGACUUCAUCAAAGGGAUUUUCUACAUUUUUAUCACAAUUUAAAGGUGUGAAACUUAAGAAGAAGAGAAGUGACAAGUGUGCGUAAAAUGCGCACCGAGGCGCCGCGCGUAAAACCAUCCAGCUGCGUUUCUGCUUCACCCGAGUCCGACUGGGAUCUCACAAGACUACGAUGCUGAUGCUGUUACUUGGCUUUGUGAAGCCUGAUGCUUGGUGUUUUUUUCUUAGUAAAUCGGAGUGCAGGCUCAGUGUCUCAUCCAAUGCUGCUUCUAAAGUGCUCUGUGUGCAGACUUUAUGUUCCGAGCAGAGGAAUCCCAGCCCGGUCAUGGUCCUGCAGGGAGGAUCCAGCCUGCUGCUGCUGCUGGUUCAAACAUCAUUCUGUGGAGUAUUAUUGAUGUUUGUUGUGGCUGGUGUGUAAAAUAUACAAGCUUGAGUACGUGAAUGUAAAAAAAAUCUGCCAAUGCAACCUUAAAACCAAUGUUUGGAGAAUAAAAUAUUUCACUUGUGUUGAUGUUAA